AUGGUUGCUCCACAAAGUAAAAGAAAGAGAGACGAUGAGUCUCCUUUAGUAAGACAGGAUGCUACCGAAGCACCAGCCAAAUCUGCAUUGAGUAAAUCCGAGGAAAUCUCAUUUCCAAGAGGUGGUUCUUCUGCUUUAUCCCCAUUGGAAGUUAAGCAGGUUGGUAACGAAGUGGUUGCUGAUGUUUUAUUUGGCAAGGAUGAAUCAGCUACUGGUGCAGAGGGCCCAACGAAGAAGAAAAAGAAGAAUGCUAAGAAUAAUUUUGAUCAAAUUACCACAGGUGAUGAUGAAGAAAAAGAGGACAAGACUGAUUUAAUUGAGCAUUUUGGAAUGAAACAAAUGACCAAAGGGACCAUUGUCUUGGGUCAAAUCCAAUCGAUCAGCAAACAUGAACUGAAAAUAUCUUUGGUGGACGGUUUGCAUGGUUACGUCUCAUUAACAGAUAUCUCUGAACAAAUGACCAAGAUUUUGGAAAAUUUGGACGAAUCCAUGGAAAGCGAUGAUGAAAAAAAUGAGGACUCAGAAUACGAUUCUUCAGAUGAUGAAAGCGACAUAACAACUCCUAAAGAAUUACCUGAUCUCAAUAAAUAUUUCAAAAUAGGCCAAUGGUUGAGGUGCAUGGUACAAAAUAACAGCGCUUUAGAAUCAAACAAGAACAAAAAGUUAGACUUAUCCAUCGAACCCUCUGUAGUAAACGUGUUUGAAGAUGAUGAUUUAGCUAAAAACUGUCCACUACAGUGUUCGUUGAAAAGUAUAGAAGAUCACGGUGCCAUUCUUGAUAUCGGUAUUGAGAACUUAACAGGUUUUAUCUCAAAGAAGGAUAUACCUGAAUUCAGUUCUUUGUUACCAGGUAUGGUGUUCUUAGCUACAGUGACGAAAAGAUCUGGUAGAACUGUAAAUGUCAACUUGGAUUUGGCCAGUAAAAACACCAAGGUCGAAAAGAUCUCUUCCAUAGAUGCCAUCGUGCCGGGUCAAUCGAUUGACUUUUUACCUCAAACUAUCACAAAUCACGGUGUUAUCGGUAAAGCCUUCGGUCUAAUAACUGCAUUUUUGCCAUUGCCACAUUCCAAUUUCUUUACGGUAGAGGAUUUGAAGCAUCACUACUCCAUUGGUGACUUAGUCAAUGCUAGAAUUUUGGCAACCACUAUAGUGAAAAGCGGCGAUAAAGUUGCUGUCGUUUCCACACAACCUCAUAUCAUCUCAUUGCAUCCAAAAUUACAGGAGACCGAAGCGUUAGAAUCUUUCCCCGUUGGCUAUAUCUUCGAUUCUUGCACAGUUAAAGGCAGGGAUAGUCAAUUUUUCUACGUAUCAAUCAACAAUGAACAGGUGGGACAAAUUCAUUUGUCAAAGGCAGGAGAAACUGAACCAACGGGAACUGUGAAAGCAAGAAUACUCGGCUAUAACAAUGUAGAUAAACUUUACACAUUGACGUCUGAUCCAGCCUUACUUGAUGUCAAAUACCUAAGAUCGUCCGAUAUUCCAGCAGGCGAAGUUUUGAGCGCUUGUGAGAUUGUCACAGUGUCAGGAAAAGGUAUUGAAUUAAAAAUUUUCAAUGAUCAAUUUAAGGCAUUUGUUCCUCCCUUACACAUAUCUGAUACCAGACUUGUGUAUCCUGAAAGAAAAUUCAAAAUUGGUUCAAAGGUUAAAGGUAGAGUUCUCAAUGUCGAUUCUGUGGGCCGUGUCACUGUGACAUUGAAAAAGUCUAUUGUAAAUGCAGACGAAGAAUCUGUGACGUUAGUCUGCAAAAAUGAUGAUAUUCAGACUGUUGAAAGUCAAGAAUUGAAAACAAUUGGUACUGUUGAAAUAUUCAAGCCUAAUGGUUGUGUUAUCUCGUUCUUUAAUAAUAUCAAAGCUUUCGUUCCAAACAAAGAAAUUUCAGAAGCAUUUGUAAAGAAACCACAAGAACACUUAAGACUAGGACAAAGUGUUUUGGUUAAAAUUUUGAAUCAUGACUUCGAAAGAAACAGAAUUAUUGCUUCUUGUAAAAUUUCAGCAGAGUCUUCUUCCAAGCAAAAGAGUGCUAUUGAAUCUUUAGUUGUCGGUAAAUCUAUCAUCGAUGCAAUUGUUAUUGAAAAGACUAAAGAUUCCGUCAUCGUAGAAUCUAAAGAUUCAGGGUUGCGCGGUGUUAUUUACACCGGCCAUUUGUCAGAUGAUAGAAUUGAACAAAACAGAGCUUCGCAGAAAAAGUUAAAGAUUAACUCUGAAGUUAGAGGUUUGGUUUUGGACAAGGACAUCAGGACUCAUGUGUUCAACAUGUCCUGUAAAAAAUCAUUGAUUAAAGAUGCUGAAGACGGUACCCUUCCUUUAAGUUUUUCCGACAUCAAAAAUAAAGACAAAACAGAACCGAUGCAUGGUUACGUUAAAUCUGUUUCUGACCGUGGUGUUUUUGUUGCAUUCAAUGGUAAAUUUGUCGGUUUGGUUUUACCAAGUUAUGCAGCAGAAACCAGAGAUAUUGAUAUUCAUAAGAAAUACUACAUCAAUCAAUCCGUGACCGUGUAUUUAUUGAGAACAGAUGAGGAACAUGAAAGAUUUUUAUUGACUAUUUUAAAACAAAAGACCGAUGUUAAGAAGAUCAAUUCAUCUGUAAUUAACCCAGUCGACAAGUCUAUCAAAGAUUUGUCGGACUUCACUAUCGGUAAGGUUACAAAGGCUACAAUUACAUCAGUUAAGAAGAACCAGCUUAACGUUACGUUGGCUGAUAAUGUACAUGGUCGUAUCAGUAUUUCUGAAGUUUUCGACAGUUUCGAAGAUAUCAAAGAACAAAAGGCACCAUUAAGUGUGUACAAGAAAAAUGAUUCACUCUCAGUCAGAGUUAUCGGGUUCCACGAUAUUAAAAGCCGUAAAUUCUUACCAAUUUCUCACACAACAUCCAAGAGCCAUCUAGUCGAACUGAGCGCAAAGCCAUCUUCAUUAACUUCUCCAGUUUCCGAAAAGAAACUCAAGGACUUCACUCCAGAGCAAACAACCUUUGGAUUCAUUAAUAAUUAUAGCAACGAUACCGCAUGGUUGACUAUCACUCCUACUGUCAAGGCCAAACUACCAAUCUUUGAGAUCUCAGAUGAAGGUCAUGACUUUUCCUUACCAAUUGAAGAGAAAUACCCAAUAGGUACAGCUGUCAGAGUAACCGUCAAAUCUAUUGAUACUGAGCAUGAUUCACUAGUUGUUUCUGCUAGAUCGCACGCCAUCUCCUCUAUUUCAGAAAUUAAAGAAGGCGAUGUUCUACCUGCUAGGGUAAUUUCUGUUCAGGAUACUUACGUUUUAUUGUCUUUAGGUAAAGAUGUUACUGGUGUUUCAUUCAUAACCGAUGCUUUAGAUGAUUAUUCUCUAUCGUUGAAAGAUGUCUAUGACUCCAAAAAGAAGAACAUUGUUUCCGCCACAGUUUUGAAUGUUGACAUAGACAAUAACAAGAUCAAUUUAUCCUUGCGUUCUUCUUCUCCAAAGGACCGUACCAUCAUCUCCUCCUCUGAAUUGAAGAGAGGUGAUAUUGUUCGUGGUUUUGUUAAAUCUAUCACUGACAAAGGUGUUUUUAUUAGUUUGAGCAGUGUAUUGCAAGCAUUCGUUCCAGUUUCCAAGCUUACGGAUGCCUUUAUCAAGGAUUGGAAGAAAUUUUUCAGAAGAGGUCAAAGUGUUGUCGGUAAGGUUGUGAACUGUGAUAAUGAUGAUCGCGUACUAUUAACUUUGAGGGAAUCUGAAGUCAACGGUCAAUUGAACGUAUUAAAAUCAUACUCUGAUAUUAAUGUGGGCGAUAUUUUCCAAGGUUCUGUGAAGAAUGUUACUGACUUUGGUGUUUUCGUAAAGUUGGACGGUACAGUCAACGUAACUGGUUUGGCCCACAAAAGUGAAGUCGCUGACGCUAAAAUAGAUAAUUUACAAAACCUUUUCGGUGAAGGUGACAAAGUUAAAGCAAUCGUCUUAAAGACCAAUCCUGAAAAGAAGCAAAUAUCUCUAGGUUUGAAGGCUUCAUACUUCACUAACGAGAAGCCUGAAACCGUUGAAGAAGGUAAUGAAGAAGAAGAAGAGCUCGAAGGUGUAGAUGAUCUAGAUAUCGAUAUGGAAGAUGGACAGAAGGAAAGCGAUGCUUCCGACAAAGAUGAAGACAAAGAUGAAGACCAAGAUGAGAUCAUGGACGAUGCUCAAUUUGGACAUUCCGAUUCAGAAGCGGAAGACACAACUAGACCUAAAAAUUCUGCCCCAGUCAGCACUGACGGACUUUCAUUGAGUACCGGAUUCGAUUGGACUGCAAGCAUCCUUGACCAAGCUCAAGACGAAGAAGAAUCCUCCGAAGAAGAUGAGGACUUCAUUAAAUCUAGGAAGCAAAAGAAGAAGAAGACUCAGAUUGUUCAAGAUAAGACUGUUGAUAUCAACACCAGGAUUCCAGAAUCCGUAGGCGACUUUGAACGUUUAAUCAUGGGUAAUCCAAACUCUUCCGUGGUAUGGAUGAACUACAUGGCUUUCCAUUUACAACUAAGUGAAGUCGAAAAAGCCCGUGAGAUCGUUGAACGUGCACUGAAGACCAUCAAUUUCAGAGAGGAAUCUGAAAAGCUUAACAUAUGGAUUGCUUCACUCAAUUUGGAGAAUACUUUCGGUACCGAAGAAACAGUUGAAGAUGUUUUCACUAAGGCGUGCCAGUACAUGGACUCCUUUACGAUGCAUAUGAAACUAUUGUCUAUCUAUCAAAUGAGUGAGAAGAUAGAAAAGGCCAAGGAACUUUUCAAAAUAACUGCAAAGAAAUUCGGAAGUGAAAAGGUAUCAAUAUGGGUCGCUUGGGGUGAAUUUUUGAUUGACAACAAUUUAAUAGACGAGGCUCAUGAAGUUCUAGGAAACUCUUUAAAAUCCCUACCAACACGUAACCAUAUCGAAGUAGUCAGAAAGUUUGCACAAUUAGAAUUCAGUAAAGGUGACCCAGAACAAGGUCGUUCCUUAUUUGAAGGUCUUUUGGCAGAUGCUCCAAAGAGAGUCGAUCUAUGGAAUGUGUACAUUGAUCAAGAAAUUAAACAUGGUGAAAAAUCCAAGGCUGAGGAUCUCUUUGAAAGAGUUAUCACUAAAAAGAUCACUAGAAAACAAGCAAAGUUCUUUUUCAACAAGUGGUUACAAUUUGAAGAACAGAAGGACGAUCAAAAACUGGUCGACUAUGUUAAAGCCAAGGCUGCUGAAUAUGUUAAAAAGAACAAAUCGGCGGACACCGAGUAA